CUGGCGGCAGCAGUGAGCCGGCAGCAGCCCGGGCAGGGGCAGCGUGGCCUGGACAAGGCGGGCACAGGGGGCAUGGAUUUGGAGGCAGACCGACCAUACGUCCCUCAGGGGACGCUGGAGACAGACUUCCCGACACCAUUGUACAGUGAUGAGUACCUCACGUUGCAUGGGCCCCGCAAUGCCCCCAUCCUGAAGCAGGCCGUGCAUUGGAAGUGCACCCCCAUGGGCCGAGAUGCCAUCUCCCAGACCUGGUACACAGGGCUGACCAACAGCGACAACCGAGACGCCUGGUACACGCUCACCAGCGGCCUGAGCCGCGAGGCCUACCACCGCUGGGCCCGCUCCCAUGCCGAGAGGGAGCGGAAGACCUUGCCCCCUGCCUAUACCCAGCACCUGCAGGAGGUAUCGUGGUAUGACCCAGUGGUCCCUGCUCAGUACUUGGAGCCCAAUACCAGGUGGGGGGCCUUCCUGUGGAAAGACAAACCCGUCCUCGGAAAGGAGUAUGUUGUCAACCGAAACCGCGCCAGCAGUGAGCUGAGGGGCCACGUUGGCUAUGUCCCCUGCUUGGCCGCCCACGCGCCUGCCUUCACCACCAGGGACCUCCGCACCUGGCCACUCUUCAGCGCCCAGCCGUCCACCUACCAGUAAACGCUGCUGUGCCACAGGCUGUCUCUGGCAGGGCUGAGGGGAGUGAGCAGGUCUGGGCGGUGAGCUGCCCCCAGUGGCCCAAGUUGCUGGGCUGCCAGGGGCUCUCCUGGGUAUCCUGCUGCAAUGAGCCUGGCUCUGGGCUCGUGGCUGGCUGGGGUUGUGGCCAGCAGCCCUGGGGACAUUGAGUACCUACGGCAGGCCUGUGUCUGUGCAGGCUGAGCUGGCAGCAGGCCCUUCCCACCCAUGUGCCCACCUCUGCUGCCCACAGCGGGCUCCCUCUCCUGCCAGGAACAUACAGCAUCGCCACACAAGAAACUCCUGACUGCCUUCCCACUCUGCCCAACCCCUGCCCCUUGGCCGAGUCCUGGGCUGGAGUGGGCAGCAGCCAGAGGGGUUAACAAACAGUGAUCUUCUCCCCCCCGCCCCCCAACUUUCGUUUCUGCCCCGGGCAGGCACCGGCACUGUGUGUGGGCAGGGCAAGAGGGCUUCUGCCUGGUUGUGCCCCCUCACUGCAGGGUCCCAGGCUGGGCCUAGGUGCCCCUUGACAUGCACUUACGAGGGUGCUCUUGGGCUCACCCCCAGUCCCCUGGCCUUUCUUCCCCUGGCAGCAGGUGCCAAGGGCAGAACCUGCUCUGGGCUCCUCCCCACACUGGCUUGGGGUCUUGUAGGGGACACGGCUGAUACUGGGGCCAAGGGUUCAGGCUCCCUAGGCUUGCUGCUCUGUUCUUCCUCGGCAGCAUCACUGCUGCCCUGAGCUGGCCGUGCCUGGGGCAGGGCUCACCCACCAUCUCAUCCCUGCUUUGUUCCCGCUCCAGGCAGCCACAGGGGCUGACAAUGGUUCUGCCCCAGCCAUGAAAGGAUGAGCAGUGCCAGCAGCUUCCUGAGACUAUCCCCCUCCUCCCGCCCCCCAAGGACUCUCCUGUCUGGGCAGCUGGGUUUACCUGGCCCUCCUCCCCACCCCGCUCUCUCAAGGACCCACUCGUUCACCAGCGCCCCCUCCCUGGCUUCUCCCUGCCCAGAGCCAGUCCUGGGAGCUGGCAAGGCAGGGGCCCACCAUCCCUCGGGGUCCAGGCUGGAGGGUCCUGCUGCAGGACAAGGGAAUAGUAGGGUUUCAAGUGGCCCCCACCCCGUGGGAUCCCUCUGUCCUGGGCUCCCAGCCCUCCC